UGUUCCAUAUCGAAGACAGUAUAUUAUAUAUAUCGUAUCCUAUAGAUGAUUAAUUCUAUCUAUAAAUAUGCAGAGUUUGAAACCGCUGUCUUAAAACAAAUCUAAACAGUAUCACGAGUUCCAGUUUCUUGUAUCGCAAGUAAACCCUAGUUUAGUUUGAUGCUAAUCGUCGUUAACUUCUGUCUCCAAGAUCUUUGAUGGUUUUUUUUUUGUUGCAUACAGGAUCAGAUCACUAGCCCUCUCAGCUGUGGGAUCUUUGAUUUAUUCGAUCCACAAGUGUUUCAUGAAUCGUUCCAAGUUUCUGAAGUGAAAUCCGUGUCGAAAAAUUCGGAUUACGACCAGAACUGGCUGUUCUCUUACAACAACGUCAAUAUGUUACAGCAAUCAGCGAGCUUCAACGGAAACGACGGCUCAAACACAACAACGCCGGGGGGAAACGAUAACAAUAACGCGGAUCUAUCAAUCAUAUUGGAUUUGCAAGAAGAUCUCGACAGCGACAUCGAUCUCUCCUCUUUUCUGCAGUUCCCAGUGUCCGAUCAUCUCAUCAGGGCUUCAUGCCAAGAACAGCUAGAUUUCUUCACGGGUUCAGUCCAACAGGCUCUGAACAACAUUCUCUACUCUCCCACUGGAGAUCCUCUGGCUCUGGCAGCGGCUUCUUCCUCGGCGCCACCGCCGUCCCAAUCAGCGGGUUUUGAGGAAGAUUGUGUUUCUUCGGUCGCAAGUUACAAUGUUGGGCUUAACCCUUCUGCCCCAUCUUGCUCUUUCUCUGGCAUGCCCCCGUAUCUGCCCAGUUUAUCCUCGGAAAGUUCUGAACUUUUCUCGAGGAUUUUUCACCUGCAGCCUCAUGAUCCAUUGAUGGAUUAUCGGUCCGACAAUGGUGGUAUUUCGCCCCUCGAUUCGAUCAAACACAUCUUCAAUCCCCGAGAUCUUCAGAUGUCAACGUUUGAUAAACCGGCUAAACCGAGUAACGAAUUUCCCGGUUUGGGAAGUGGACCGCCAUUCGCGACGGAGAUAAGCGGUUUGGACGAUUCGAUGUUCAACAAAGUCGAAAAACUCUCCGUCGAGCAGAGGAAAGAGAAGAUCCAUAGGUACAUGAAGAAGAGGAGCGAGAGGAACUUCAGCAAGAAAAUCAAGUAUGCGUGUCGGAAGACAUUGGCGGAUAGUCGUCCAAGAGUACGGGGAAGAUUUGCUAAAAACGACGAACGACGGGAAAUCCGUCGACAAGCUUCUUCAAGCGACGAUGAUGACGUGGGAGUGAAGGAAGUGGAAAAUAAGAUUGUGGAUUCUUCAGACACAUUCUCACACAUGAAUUGUCUGAAUUCCUUCAACUGCAACCACCCUAUCCAAUUUUGGACCUAAUUAACCCAAAAAUAAAGUCAUAUUAUAUAUAUGCACAAAUAUACACAAAUAAAUAGCAUAAUUAGAGUUAUAUACAUAGAAAAUGAAAAAAUGUGUGUAUAUAUAUAUGAUGGUUUUGUAUUUCUUGGGUGUUGUAGUAAUAAUAAAUCAUUUUGAACAUUA